AUGGAUUUAUCAUGGGAAUUGUGCCGGUUAUGUGGUGAAUACCAGAUCAUAGAUGAACUUCAAGAUAUUUAUGAUCAGGAAUUGAAUAUUUCAUAUAGAUUGGAACAAUCUUUGAAGAUAAUUCUAGAUGACAAUGAGUUACUUCCAAAUUUGAUUUGUAAAGAGUGUGUUGCUUCUGUAGACCAAUGUUAUCAAUUUGCAGUAUUAGUAUCAUCUGUACAAGACAGAUUCAGUCUUUAUUCACAUGAUCAACACGAGGUGGGAACGUUUGAUUUCAUAGCAAUAGAGCCAGAGGAACAAGAUUCCUUCUAUGAAGAUAUACAAUUAAAAGAACUGGAAAUCAAAGUUGAAAGACUUGAUCCAAGUGUUAUCGAACAGUAUAAACUUAAACAUAAUCCUUCAAUUGAAGAUAAGCCAGUAAAUAAAUCUGUAAAGUCUUUGUCAACUAAGAGAAGAACAAACUUGAACAAAAGGAAGAGAAGAAUAAAAUUUUCUUUGACGACAAGAAAGAAAUGCAGAAAUGUUCCGAAACGAAUAACAAGGAAUUCAACAGAAUAUCCUAAUAGGAAGCUUAAAGAAAACGAGAGCUCAUCCGAAAGUUUCGAUGAAGUUUUAAGUCAUCAUACAAAUAGUUCCGACAGUGAAGAAAAAAUUAUCAGAAAAUUAAAGAAAGUAAAUAAUAAAUCAAAAACAGAUCACAACUCUAGAAAUAAAUUAAAAACAUUGAGGAAAUUAAGAUGGAAACCUAGAAUUAAAAAUAAACUUUUGAAUCCUGUUGAAAUUCCUAACUCAGUUCGAUAUUCUUGCGAUUUAUGCGACAAAACUUUUACUAGAAAGGAUGGAAUUUCAUGUCAUAUUAUGAAGGAGCAUGCGAAAAAACCUCUUAACAUCAUCUGCGAGAUUUGUGCUGCUGGUUUCCAUAAUAUGUAUUAUCUCAGGGCUCAUCAGACAUUCAAAACCAAUACUCGCUGCACAAAUCACAUGAAUAAAUAUCACAGUAAUAAAAAAUCAAAGAAAAAAACCACCAAAGUUUAUCCAUGUGAAAUAUGUGGAAAAAAACUGAGAACAAGAACUUGUCACAAUCGUCAUAUGGUGAUUCAUACAGGAGAUAAACCUAACAAGUGUAUGUACUGCCCACGUUCAUUCAAACAUCAUUCAGGUUUUCGAUAUCAUAUCAGAGCAGAACAUACCGGCGAACGUCCCUAUUUAUGUCCCAUCAAAGGUUGCAGUGAAACUUUCAUCGAUAAUCCAAACGGCAGAAAACAUAUUUUGGUUUAUCAUGGCUUAAAAGAUCUGAAACCAAUUCUGAGAUGA